GUCGUUACAACUGCGAUGGUUACGUACACUGAAUUAACAAAAGUAGUUUUGUGGUGGUUUUAAAGUCGUUAGUAAAAAAGUUUAAUAAUUUAUUGGCAAAAACACGUUUAGGAUACACGAGUAAAUUUAUUAAACCAUGAAUAAAGCUGGAGAAGAAAAAUGUUUGUCUAAUUCAGCAGAACAUAGCCACCAUGAAACAGCAAGUGAAAAAGUCAAGGCCAGAGGACAAUGGAGCAAUAAAACAGAAUUUAUAUUAUCUAUUCUAGGUUAUGCUAUUGGGCUUGGAAACAUAUGGAGAUUUCCAUAUCUAUGUUAUAGAAAUGGAGGAGGUGCUUUUCUGGUGCCGUAUUUAAUAAUGUUAGUAUUCUGCGGAAUACCAUUAUUUUUUUUAGAAACUUCUCUUGGUCAGUUUGCCAGUGUAGGAUGUACAAAAUUGUUCAACAUAUGUCCUUUAUUUAAGGGUGCUGGAUAUGCCAUGAUCGUUGUUAACCUAGUUGUUUGUACAUAUUUUAAUACAAUUUGUGCCUAUCCAUUAAUAUUUUUGAUUCAUUCAUUUAAAUCAAAAUUACCCUGGCAGUUCUGUUCAAAUUCUUGGAAUACAAUAUUCUGCAAUGGGUUUAUAGAUGAACCAGGUUUAAAUACGUCACAUUCCAUAUCAUCGAUUAAAGCCACAGACUUAAAAACUCCCGCUGACGAAUUUUUUCAUCACAAAAUACUACAAAUAUCUCCGGAAGUCACAGAUGUCGGCGGUAUAGUUUGGCCGCUUUUUAUAGCAAAUAUAGUUUCUUGGAUGAUCACGUACGUUUGUAUAAUUAAGGGUAUCAAGUCUGUUGGAAAAGUUGUCUAUUUUACUGCUACUUUUCCGUUUUUUAUAUUAACGAUACUCUUUAUUCGGGGAGUUACACUGCCUGGGGCUUGGAAAGGCAUCAAAUACUAUAUUGUGCCAGAUUGGGAUGAGCUUACAAAUGUUAAGGUGUGGGCAGAUGCUGCAAUACAAAUAUUUUUCUCUUUGGGACCAGGAUGGGGAGGAAUAGUGAACAUUGCAAGUUACAAUGACUUCAGAAACAAUGGAAGAUUAGAUACCAUUAUUGUACCUCUGGCAAAUUCCGGAACAAGUAUAUUCGCUGGGUUUGUUGUUUUUUCUGUUCUUGGAUUCCUUUCGCAUGAAACUGGCUUGCCAUUACCACUUGUUGCCAGUGGUGGGCCUGGCUUGGUAUUUGUGACAUACCCAGAAGCAAUAAGUCUACUACCGCUGCCUCAGCUAUGGUCAGUUUUGUUCUUUUUUAUGUUGUUUUUGCUUGGAUUGGAUAGUUUGUUUGUUCAGGUAGAAACUGUAAUUACAGCAAUAAUGGAUGAAUUUCCGAAUUUAAGAAAGAGACAUUCUUUAGUAACUGUUAGUAUAGUAUUUCUUAUGAUGGCUAUUUCUACAAUAUAUACUACAAACGGUGGCAUGUACUGGCUUCAACUUUUUGAUUGGUACUCAGCUUCUAUACCUGUAGUUUUAAUAUGUUUAGCAGAAGUUUUUAUGGUUGGAUGGAUAUAUGGAGUAAAGAAAUUUAGAAGAGAUAUUGAGUUUAUGCUAAACGAUAAACUUCCUUUAUUUUGGAUAGUUUCAUGGAAAAUUACAACGCCGAUAUUGUUACUGUUUAUAUUUAUCAUGGUGAUAGUAUUUAAUACAAGGAUAAUUUAUCAAAAAAGUGCAUAUCCUGACUGGAUGGUAGCAAUUGGUUGGUUUUCGUCGAUAGCUUCCAUGAUGUGUAUACCACUUUAUAUGAUAUACAGGCUCACAUAUGUCGAAAAAGGAACCUUAAAAGAGAGAAUUAAUUCAUCAUUAAAAGACACUAACUGGGGACCUGCUGAUCAUGUUAAUAGAGAAAUGUGGGAGAAACAUAUCGGCAUAACGAAUGACAUAGCACACCAAAAUCAUAGCCAAGGGCAUGAAUUAAAACCAAUAUAAAUAUAAUAUUUGAAAAUAUUUCUCUUGUAUAUAAAAAUAAAAUUUACAAAAUUU